AUGCUCCUCCGGCUCCGGUGCUACAUCCUCACCCAGCUCCUAUCGUCUCCCUCCGCCUCUCCCGCCUCCCAGCUGCACCGCCUCUUCUCCGCCGCAGCGCCCGGCGCCUCCCCGAACCCUAGCUUCGCCGUGGAGGAGUACCUCGUCGCCACCUGCGGCCUCACCCGACCCCAGGCCCUCAAGGCCUCCGCCAAGCUCUCCCACCUCAGGUCCCCCGCCAAUCCCGACGCCGUGCUCGCCUUCCUCGCCGGCCUCGGUCUCUCCGACGCCGAUGUCGCCGCCCUCGUCGCCAGGGACCCGCAGUUCCUCUGCGCCAGCGUGGAGAGAACCCUGACGCCCGUAGCCGCAGGGCUCUCUGGCCUCGGCUUAUCGCGUUCCGACAUCGCGCGUCUCGCAUCGCUCGCCGCCCACAAAUUCCGCCAAAAAUCUGUCCUCUCCAAGCUGCAGUACUACCUGCGCCUCUUCGGCACCUCCCACAACUUCCUCCGGGUGAUGAAGUUCUCCAAUAUCCUCUCACACAGCAUCGAGAGGGUGGUCAAGCCCAAUGUCGCGUACCUGCGAGAGUGUGGGUUGCAGGAUUGUGAUAUCGCCAAGUUUUGCAUCCAAAGACCGAGGAUGAUCAUCAGCAACCCGGAGCAUGUUCAGGCAAUGGUGGCGUGCGCUGAAAACAUUGGUGUGCCCCGUGCCUCUGGGAUGUUCAGGCACGCACUUCAGGCUGUUGCAUUCCUCGGUGAGGAGGAGAUCACAGUCAGGGUGGGGUACUUGAAGAGCACGUUCAGGUGGACGGAUGCUGAGGUAGGCAUGGCUGUUUCUAAGUUUCCACCGUUGCUGAGGGGGUCCGAGAAAUCGCUGCAGCGCAGAUUUGAGUUCCUCAUCUCCGAGGUGGGUUUGGAAUCGGCGUACAUUGCUCAGCGACCCGUAAUGCUAGGUCUCAGCCUAGAGGGCCGGCUCAGGCCCCGGCACUACGCUGUAAAGUUUAUCAAGGAAAAUGGAUUGCUCAAGUGUGACCCAAGCUACUAUACUGUUUUCAAGGAGUCCGACAUGACAUUCAAGAAGAAGUUCAUACACCCUCAUAAGGAAGCUGCACCGCACCUUGAAAAAGACUACGAUGCUGCUUGUAAAGGGGAAGUGCCCACUAAUUUCAGAUUCACAUAA